GGAAGUUGUGUGGAGGAGCGACGAAGCGGCGUCAGACACAGGCGCACAUUUGGAACCACGCAUCAGACAGCGUUGGCAAGCAAGAACUUGCUUCCAGACAGCACCAUCAUGCCAUCUGAGAGCACGCCCCGGCCGCAAAGUGCGGUACAGCGACGCCUUUCUCUAAUGUCUGCUCGCGGCAAGCGACUGGCACACCUCAUCAUCCAGAACAAGGAGGACAUUCAGACACUUCGCACCUACCGUCCAUAUUUCACAUACUGGGCUGUCUUUGUGCAGAGCCUGUGCUUGAUCGUGGCGCUCUCCGUUUUCGAUCGUGCACCCAUCGAUUACAGGACCAAAGAAGUGAGUGGGCAGGUGUAUCGACCUGAUGGCGUGCCCGUCUCCGUCACCAAGAACCUCACAGGCAACAUCUUCAUCGGCCCCACGACAAGGCGGAUCAUUGGUAUGGGCGGAGCGUACGGGCCGUGCAUGCGCCGUGAUGACGCCGUCAACAACUACGUGGAUCACCAGCGUGCAAAGGAUGACGACUUUGGCUGCUGCGUACGCGUUGGUGGCCAAUACUGCUUCUCCACCACGGAACAGAAGUGCAGCGAGCUCGGUGGACAGCGCUUCUACAAUGACACCGUGUGCCAUGGCCAAUACUGCUGCAACGGAGGCACAUGGCCAGGGUGCUCACGUGUACCUGAGGAGAAUCUUUCGUCGGAUCCGAAAGACGACGUGUGUCGCUGUGAAGUGACAGCACGCCCGUGUUGCUAUGGCGUCUUUGGCGAGUGCUCCAUCAAGACGCAGAGCGAGUGCGAUUUCUUGGACGGGUACUUCCACAGCGAGGCCGUGUCGUGUCGGGAGGUCGACUGCCUCAACUCCAUCUGCCAGCUGGGCAAGUUUGCCAACAAGUACAUCCCCGACCAGUGGUACCGGCUGAUCCUGGCGCCGUUUGUGCCUGUCGGUGCCGUGCACCACCUCGUCUUCCUCCUUGCACAACUCUCCCUCGGCGUCCCGCUCGAACGCGCGAUUGGCUGGACGCGUCUUGCCCUCAUCUACCUCGUGUCGGCCAUUGGCGGAUAUACCAUUGCAAUCAUCCUCGCACCAUACCAGGUGAAAGCGGGCCCGUCUCCUGGCGUGUACGGCCUCCUCGCGUGCUUGCUGCUCCAGCUGUUUGAAUCCUGGAAGCAAGUUGUGAGUCCCGGGAGAGAGCUGUUCAAGCUGCUGCUGCUGACCACGUGUGCAUUCAUCUUCGGGCUGCUGCCCUUUGUCGACAACUUCUCCCAGCUCGCCGGCUUUGUCUUUGGCAUCGCAGCGAGCUUUGCGUUUCUGCCGUGGCAGUCGUUCACGUCCAAGUCGUUUUAUCGCGCGCGCAAACGCAUCGCCACCAUCAUUGGACUCGGCGCUGUCGUCGCCAUGUUUGCGCUUGCGAUACCAAUGUUGUUUACGGGACAGACGGCAGACUGCCCGCAGUGCUGGCGGUUCAACUGCUACGACUUUAUCAAGAACUUCUGCCAGGAGUCGCAGCAGCGCGUCGAGUCGGAAUACCUCUAGCACGUGGUGUGUGUGUGUGUGUGAGCUUCUGUGGGCGUGUGUGAGCUUCUGUGUGCGUGGGCUUUAUGCUCAGCACUGCUGAUGCCCUGUUCACGAGUUUGCUUGCUGUAGUUGUCUGUUGAUCCACAUGCAGUUCCUGCAUGUUUGCGUUUGAUUUUGACCAUCUGGUUUGGAGGCUGGAACCUCUCUCUGUCUCUUGACGUGGUUGCGACCUUGCUUGAGGUGUUGGUUCAUUCGUUCAUCCGUCACGAAACCGUUAAGUUCUCGUUCAUCGUUUUUCAACCCCUGUUGUUCAUUUCGGGCAAAGGAAUGCCCAACAUUAAACGACCCACGUGCGACCCACGUGCAACCACAA